AUGGUUGUAACUGUCCAAGAAAUCGAAACAGCCAACCCGGCGGUCAAGUCUACAUCCCUCCUAGUGAACCCACGCGAGCAGCUUCUCUUGAGCCUACGUGGGUGCCGUAUCACUAUCCCUGACUUGCAGUCUAUGAUAAGCCAUUGGCCGCAAGAUGUUCAUCCCGAUACUGAAAAGCUAGAUGAACACGUUCAGAAGACGUUUGCAAGUAUUUCAUCGUCCUUCAGAGACCCAGCUCGGUUCCACAGACUAAAAGCGUCUAACAUGACACUCUUUGGGGCUUCUUGGUGGCCAUACGCAUCGUACGAGGCUUUGGAAACUGUUAUGUCGAUGUCGAUAUGGCUCUUUGCAUGGGAUGAUGAAACCGAUUCACACGAGUUCUCAGCGCUUGUCAAUGACUGGGGAGAAGCUUCCGCAUUCCGACAGAAAACCAUUGACUACGUACAGCAGAGUCUAUCUGGAAGCUCGGACUCGAAGCUCUCAGAUAUAUCCACGGAUCCCAUCAUAACCGGCUUCAAGCCAGUAGGCCAAGCCAUAUCAAGGUCUUGCGAUGAUCGUCAGCUAAGCACGUUCCUCGACGAGAUGAUCUUCUUCAUUGAGUCUUGUGGAGAGGAGCAGAAGCUUCAGCUGACGAACCGGCUCCCUACUGUUGAAGAACAUGCACGUCGCCGUCUAGGCACUGGUGCGGUACGGAUAUGCCUUGCCACUAUCGAGUAUGCCUAUGGAAUCAAACUAUCCCAAGAGGUGAUGAAUGACGAAGCGAUGCAACGGCUCUGGCACGAGACAAACGUUAUUAUCUCCACGACUAAUGAUAUCCUGUCCUUCAAGAAGGAAGUAGCCCAGUCACAAGUGGACUCGCUAAUCGCUCUCUUGUUCCUAGAGCUUGGGUCCGUCCAAGCGGCCAUAAACCAUGCUGUCGAAAUUGUGAGGUCUGCGACACACCGGCUUGAAGCUGCAGAGGCGGAUAUUAUAGAACGCUAUUCGUCCAUGCCCAAAGUCCAGGAAGACAUUCGGAAGUUUGUCCAGGGCUGCAAAUAUGCUUGCACCUCAAACCUCAAUUGGAGUCUUACGUCGGGACGAUACGGGCUCAAUUGCCAGUCCAUGAAAGGGGGACUACAUAUCACUCUCUGA